AUGAACUGCAUUGAAGAAUUUAGUCAUUCCAAAGAACAAACAUAUUUAUUCCGUAUGCAUAUCAGCAAACAGGGCAAGAGAAUUGCGAAGGCGUCCAGACUGACAACUGUGCAUUUUUACCUCCCUUACUCUGUCGCAAGCGCCAUUCGUCAUGUCUGUAUGAAACGCAACAUGAAGCCACACUGUUGUUGUCCAGACGUUCGUCCAUGCCGCCACUAUGCCAUGCGUCGUUGCUGCACCGUUCAGCCUGCUCUCGCAAGGCUGCCCAGUCUCGAUCCUCACGGACAUCACGAUUCGCGUCAUGCCCUUCAGGACAGAUUCCGUGACUACAGAGUAAUCGGUAACGCCGCAGUUGUUUCGAGGGUACGUUGUCUAAAGAUGAGUCGGGCAUUUUGGAAGAAGUCUCUUUCAACCAGCAUUCGCCAGCAGUUUUAG